AUGGGGAAUCUUGAAAUUGAAAACAAUUGUACUUUAUACAUUUGCACAGACAAUUAUGAAAUUCCAUCGAUAAGUGAAAUUCAGAAGAAAUUGGAAAGUCAAAAUGUAGAAAAGAAAAUCGAAGGAAUGGAACAUCUCAUAUUUAAUAUAAUACAAGGAGAGCCAUAUGGAAAUUUACUCAUGUGUGUAAUAAGAUUUAUUGUUCCUCAUAAGGAUCAUCGAUUAAAAAAAUUGUGUCAUAUAUUUUUUGAAAUUGUUGAUAAGUGUAACACGGAUGGAAGUUUAAAAGAAGAAAUGAUACUUGUGUGUAAUGCAUUGAGAAAUGAUAUAAUAUCUCCUAAUGAGUAUGUACGUGGUUCUACUUUGAGACUUUUAAGUAAAAUAAAAUAUUUAAAAAUUAUUGAUCCAUUGAUAGAAGCAAUUACAAAGAAUUUAAAUCAUAGACAUAGUUAUGUGAGAAAAAAUGCCAUUAGUUGUAUUCAUACAAUUAUUAAGGAACAUGGAAUUGAUGUUAUACCAAAUUCUGUUAAAGAAAUGGAAAAAAUUUUAUUUCUUGAAAAUGAUAUAUCGACCAAACGUAGUGCACUUUCGAUGCUAAUUGAUGUCGACCCAUUAACAACGCUCAAGUAUAUUCUUUCACUCAAUGAUCAACUAUAUGACACUGCAGAUGUUAUUCUGUUGGAAGUUAUACAUCUUUUUAAGAAAUUAUACAUUCCACACGUUUUUGAUAAUUCUUAUUUGUUGAUAAAUGAUGAAGAUGAAGAUAACGAGGAUGACAAAUGGGCAGGGAGUAGUACAAUGAAAAAUGAAAAAAAUAAUAUUAUCCCUUUUUCCACUCGAAUGAACAAACAUAGAAAUGGUGGAGAAGAAGAUGAAUAUAAAUCAGAUGAAGAGAUUGAAACUUUUGAAGAUUUUCUCAUAGGAGAAGACAGCCCUUUGCAACAUAUGAACAUGCAUAAUGGAAAGAGAAAAAAAUAUGAAUCCAAUAUGGAAUACAGUAUUGAUGAAAGUAUUUUAACCCCUAAUAGUAACAUUUUAGGAAUGAAUAAAAAUAGAGAUGAAACAAACGGUGGGAACAAUAUUCUGAACAUGCGAUGUGAAGAUAUAAAUUUUAAAAAAAAGAAAUUAAACGAAAAUGAUUAUAGUGAAUAUAAAAAUAAUGUUAUUAAGAUUAUUCUAAACAUGCUAAAUAAAAAUGUAAGUAAUAGUGUUCUGUAUGAAGGUGCAUGUUGUUUGUUGUAUAUGAGUACAUCUGAAUUGAGUAUAAAAACUGCUAGUGAAUGUUUCAUUAAGCUGUUAAUAAAUCAGCAUGACAACAAUAUAAAACUUAUUGUAAUUGACAGAUUAUACUAUAUCAUGUGUAAAUGGAAAAAAGUAUUAGAAAAUUAUGUAAUGGAUUUGUUAAGAGCUUUGAAUUUCCCAUCCAGAGAUAUAAAGGUAAAAAUCUUAAACCUUGUUCUUCAUGUCUUAAGCAAAAGAAAUGUAUAUUUAGUUUUAAAUGUAUUAAAAAAGGAACUACUAAAAUUAAACGAUAGGGUACCGUGUGGAAAAAAUAUUUCUUCUAAAGGUGGAGGAGGAACUGCUUUAAAUUCAGGUAUAACCACAAAUUCUAGAUGUGGUGCAAAUAUUAAUACUUAUACUGGAAGUUCAGGAGACGGUUCAAUUACAAUUCCUUCCUGUGGUGGAUUGAGAGAGACGCAAGGAAUUGUUAACAAUAUGUCGACAAAUUAUCGUGAAAUUAUUAGCUAUAAAAAAAUACUUAUUAAAUCUUUACAACAUGUAUGCAACAUGUAUGCGGAUGAAUGCCUAAGCAUGAUGGAUAUACUUCUUCUCUAUGUGAACGAUGAAGAAAAGGAAGUAAGUUAUGAAUCUGCUUUGUGUAUUCGAAAGUUGGCAAAUAAUAAUCCAACCUUUCAGAGUACAAUUUUACAAAAAAUUGUAGAUGCAAUAUUUGAAGUUAAGAAGGCAACAAUAUUGAGAAUUUUUUUUUGGAUUUUGGGACAGUAUAUGAAUGAAGAAAAAAUGAUUUUUGAUUUUUUAAAUAAAUUAUAUGAACAUCUUAUUCCAUUCCUUAGUAGUAACAUGGAAUCAGAUAUUAUUAGCAAAAUACAAAGUGACAAAUUCAAGAAAAAUAAAAUGAUGAUGAAUUUUAACAUAUCUGCAUCAACCAUUCAAACCAAAACAGUCGUAUUGGAAGAUGGAACAUAUGCUACUGAGGCAUUUUGGAAAAACCAAAAUUCCCCAACAAGCGAUGACAAUGGAACAGCUAGUGAUUUGAAUUCCUUCUCUUACGUCCUGCUAGCGGACAAUGAUGAUUUAUUGCUCUCAGUUAUGUGCGUCUGCAUAACCAAGUUGUAUUUAAAAUUAGUUGCCAUGGUUGGAGGCCCCGCCUUCCACUUUCUGAACCCGUUUCUGGUGAAAUCGGAAGGUGUAAUUAGUGGAAGCGGCGUAAUUAGUGGAAGUGGUGUAAUUAGUGGAAGUGGUGUAAUUAGUGGAAGUGGUGGAAUCGAUGGAAUGGGUGCCUCCACAAACGUGUUCAGGAACAAAGCCAUCUACAUACUAGCUAGCAUGGUAAAGUACAUUGCACAGAAAAACACAAAUAAGAGCUCCAUGUGUGCGUACGAAAGCGACAGUAAUGUCAUCAGAAUAAGCCAGUGCCUGAAAAUAUUUUUCAAAAUUAUAUACAAGAUGAAUGAAGUAGACGAGACGACAAAGAAGUUAAUUGUGACAUUCCUCAAUGGAAAUGAAUAUUAUCAAAACUUUCUUUACAAAGAGGAGGAAAAAUAUUGCAGUAUAUAUGGUUCCAGUUACAGACAAAUGAAUAGAGGACUUGCUCUCGAUAGUGGCAACAAUGUGCAGGAUGCUCAAAUGGAUAAUGGUGUAUUAGGGCGUAGAAGUGAAAGGGAAAGUGAAACAGGUUCUGUCAAUCCCAAUGGAGGACUAGAAAAUAGAACAAAUAAUCAUCUUUUACUAGUACAGAAUAAGGACAAUAAAGAAAAUGUAGAUGAUGAAAUACAUUUUCGAAUUUUAAAAGAGAAAAAAAAUGUUUUAAACAUGCUGGAUGAAAAAGCUGUAGUUAUUGAUGAGAAUUUAGAAAAAUUGAAAUUAAAAUAUACUCUAAGUAAUGAUAUUCUUUUUGAAGAAAAUGAAUUCAAAUAUCCAACAUUUAAACACAAUUAUUCUUCCUUAUUUAUGGCCAAAUUGUAUAAUUCACAAAGAUUAACAGGAACUGAUGAUGAUAUUUUUAUAGAAGCAUUUCCCAUCGUUUCUAAUGUGAAUUUGAUUAUUGAAUUUUAUGUGUAUAAUCAAUCAAGUGUUUAUUUACAGAAUAUAUUUAUUAGCUUAUCCACACAUGGAAAUUUAAAACCAAUUGAUAAAAUACCAGAAUUCAAUUUGUCACCAAAUGAAAAAAGGAAAUUCAAAAUAACUGUUAAGGUACACACGACAGAGACAGGCAUUAUAUUCGGUUACGUCUUUUAUGAAAAAAAGAACGACAAUAAAAAAAAUUACAUAGUCCUAAGUGAACUCAAUAUUAACAUGACUGAUUAUAUAAAUGCGUCAUUUAUAUCUUCGCACUUGUUCCGUAUGAUGUGGUCUGAAUUCGAGUGGGAAAACAAAAUUAACAUUAACACGUCCAUCAGAGAUGCCUUCGAACUAUUGAAACUAAUUAUUAAAUACACCAAUAUGACCAUAGUGGAGAAAUUUAUGCCAUUAGAAUACUACGAAAUAGAGGCAAAGAAAAGACCUGACCAAAUUAAUAUAUCUCCAAUUGACAUAUACAUAUCUUAUAUAUCCACUUUGGAUGAUUUGAAAUUCCUUGUUAACAAUUCAGCUUUCUUUGCAGUGAAUCUAUUUUCACGAAGUAUAUUUGGGGAGGAUUCUUUAGCGAAUUUAUCUGUUCAGAAAAACCCAGACGGGCGAUUGUCCGGGAGCAUCCGGGUUCGGAGCAGGACUCAGGGAAUUGCCUUAAGCUUAGGGGAUAAAAUCACGCUAAUUCAAACUGGUUUAAGCAUGGAAGCACAGUGA